GAAAAGAAAUGGUAACUUGUCGAGAUGUGCUGUGGUACCUUGUUUUCUGCGGCUUCGCCAUCAACUAUAUGUUGCGAAUCAACUUGAAUCUGACAAUAGUGGCGAUGGUGAUGCCCCGUGCGAAGGGAGCUGCUGCUACUGCCCAGUGCAAUCCUGAAAUUGCCAAUACAACAUUAGAAGGAAGUGGCAAUCUUACAGUGGUAUCUACUGCUGUACCAAUUUCAGAGAAUGUCACGUACGAAGACAGAUUUGCUUGGACUGAGUUCGAGCAAGGUCUAGCGUUGGGAUCUUAUUUCUGGAUACACUGGUUGUCGCAGCUUCCUGGAGGACUGUUGGCCAGACGUUAUGGGACCAAGCUUGUGUUUGGUCUGGGGAACCUCCUGACAGCUGUUAUAGGCUUCCUCAUUCCAAUUCUGACCCGCCAACACCUUUAUGCUCUCAUUGCCUUGCGAGUUCUUCAAGGUCUGGCAGCAGGUGUUGUAUGGCCUUCGAUGCAUGACAUGACAGCUAAAUGGAUUCCUGCAGUUGAGAGGAGCAAAUUUGUCAGUUCCUAUUUAGGUAGCUCUGUAGGUGCAGCUAUAACUUAUCCACUUUGUGCAGCUGUCAGUAGCUCGUAUGGUUGGAGUGCAGCUUUUUAUGUAACGUCUUCGCUUGGAGUAAUCUGGUACUGUGCCUGGUUAUUCCUGGCAUACGAUUCACCCCAGGAACAUCCUCGAAUAUCUGAAGAGGAAAAGAAAUAUAUAAUAGAUAAUAUCAGAGAAACAGUCGAUGAAGAAAAAUCUGAAAUACCCUGGAAGUCCAUAUUGCUGUCUGUCCCAGUUUGGAUGACUAUUGCCGGACAGUGGGGCAGUGGCUGGGGUUUCCUUACUUUGAUGACCCAAACUCCGAGUUACUUCAAUUUCAUUCAUGGCUGGAACAUCAACGCGACUGGCCUUGUUUCCGGAGCUCCUCAUCUACUGAGAAUGAUUUUCUCAUACUACUUCUCAGUUUUUUGCGAUUGGCUCAUACGUACCAAGAGAAUGAGUUUGACAAACGUCAGGAAGCUAGCUACGUUUGCAUGCACAGGUGUGCAAGGGAUGUUCAUCCUGUUUUUAGCUUACAGUGGCUGCCAGCCAAUUUUCGCUGUGAUCUUUAUGAUAGCAGGAACUACCAUGAACGGCGCCAUUUCUGCUUCCACCUUACCAAACUUUGUCGACCUCAGCCCUAACUAUGCUAGCGUACUUCUUGGCUUUUGUGGGAUGAUAAUAAUCUGGUCCGGUUUCAUUUCACCUGCUAUCGUUGGAAGUCUAACGAAUAAAAACCAAACUGUGGAACAAUGGCAAAAAGUUUUUAUCAUAGCCGCUGCUAAUUCUAUAGCGAGCGCUGUUGUGUAUUUACUAUUUGGAACUUCGGAGCUACAACCAUGGAACAGUUAUGGAAAACCAAGUCCACAAAAGGAGCAAGAAAUGGAGAAGUUAACAGAUCUGCCAGUAAUAAAAUGUGAACACGUAGACGAGAAAACGAACGGGACCGAGAAAGAUGGAAUUUUAGAAAAGAAAUAGAAGAAAUAAGAAUGUCCCGUUGGUAAAAAUAGGAUAAAGUACAACAAAUAUAUUUUUUAAAGAUUUUUAGAUAGGCUUCUUAUUGCGUGAUUACAAUUUACAACUCACAGAACACAGACUCUUUAUCAAGAAAAAAAAUGCGCACUAAAAUGGAACAGAAGCGUGUUUAAUGAAAACGAAUAUUUUAAGAGCUUCAUCAAAGACUGAAUUGUACACCAUGUAUCGUUUAAAAUACUAAACUGUAUUAUAGACUGUAAAUAAGCCUCAGUCAUUCAAAUAGUGUCACAUGGAGUGUCGAGCAUUAAAACCAUUCAAAUAUAGAAUAACAAAUAUGUAAAUAAGGAGAGAACAAAUACUAAUUAAAACAUAGUGAUAACCAUCAAUGAUGUACCAAUUAAAACAUGCUAUUGUCACAUUUUCAGCUUCACAUAACUGAACUGCAACUAAAGAAACUUAAAUCAAACAUGUUAUGAUAUAUUACAAUUGUUUAUAAUUGUGUGUAUGUACUUUGCAACUUCUGUAGAUAUGUGUAUAAUAAAUGUAGGUAGUGUUCGUAUGUA